AUGGACGUCGUCGCGGCCGUCUCGGGCUACAUCUCCAAGAUGGUGACGGCCGGCGAGUCGGCCUCAGGGUCGUCAUCCACCAAGAUGAAAAUCCUGCUUCUGGAUAGUGAGACAGUAUCCAUUGUCUCAACUGCCAUCACCCAAUCCGCCCUCCUCAACCAUGAAGUCUACCUGAUUGACCGCUUGGACAACACCGCGCGCGAGAAGAUGCGCCACCUGCGAUGUCUGUGCUUCGUGCGCCCCUCCCCGAACUCCAUGCAGCUUCUUAUCGACGAGCUUCGAGAACCCAAGUACGGCGAAUAUUACAUCUACCUGAGCAACAUCAUCCGCAAGUCAUCCCUCGAGCGACUGGCCGAGGCGGACAGCCACGAGGUCGUGCAAUGCGUGCAGGAACAAUUCGCCGACUUCCUCGUGAUCAAUCCAGACCUGUGCACUCUGAACCUGGGAUUCCCGUUGUCCCGGCUGUGGAGCCAUUCGCCCGAUCUAUGGAAUCCGGACUCGUUGCAGCGGGCCACCGAAGGAGUCCUGGCUCUGCUGCUAUCACUGAAGAAGAACCCGUUGAUCCGGUAUGAGAAGAACAGUCUCUUGGCCCGGAAACUGGCGACGGAAGUUCGAUACCAUAUCACGCAGGAGGAGCAGUUGUUUAAUUUCCGCCGGACGGACACGCCACCCAUCCUGCUUAUUCUGGAUCGUCGUGAUGACCCCAUUACACCGCUGCUUUCACAAUGGACAUAUCAGGCUAUGGUGCACGAGCUCCUUGGCAUCAAUAAUGGACGAGUGGAUCUCCGCGAUGUGCCGGAGAUCCGGCCAGAACUUCAGGAGAUCGUUCUAUCCCAGGACCAAGACCCUUUCUUCAAGAAGAACAUGUAUCAGAACUUUGGUGAUCUGGGCCAGAACAUCAAGGAAUAUGUGGAGCAAUAUCAGGUCAAGACGCAGAACAAUAUGAACAUUGAUUCCAUCGCCGAUAUGAAGCGGUUUGUGGAGGAUUAUCCAGAGUUCCGCAAGCUCUCUGGUAACGUGAGCAAACACGUCACUCUGGUGGGUGAACUGAGUCGGCGUGUCAGCGAAGAUAGUUUGUUAGAUGUGAGUGAGUUGGAGCAGAGCUUGGCCUGCAGUGAUAGCCACUCCAAUGACCUCAAGUCACUUCAACGAAUUAUACAGCUACCGAAUGUUCCAGCAGAGAGCAAGAUCCGACUGGUAGCCCUCUAUGCGCUCCGCUAUGAGAAUCAACCUAACAAUGCCCUCCCUAUCCUGCUUGACCUCCUCGUCACAGCCGGCGACGUCCCCUCCAACCGCGUCAAUACCAUUCCUAAGCUCCUCGCCUAUCACCACUCUCUUCAAGCGCCACCGGUGGCCGGGGGAUUCACCGACCUGUUCGAAUCAACCUCAUUCUUUUCUGGCGCCCGAGAUCGAUUCAAGGGCCUCAAGGGCGUCGAGAACGUCUACACCCAACAUUCCCCACGAUUGGAGGUGACGCUACAAAACUUGAUCAAAGGGCGUCUGAAGGAGCUGCAAUACCCAUUCCUCGAAGGCAGCGGGCACACCCGGGACAAACCCCAGGAUAUCAUCAUCUUCAUGGUCGGCGGCACGACCUACGAAGAGGCCAAAAUGGUCGCGCAGGUCAAUGCCAGCUCGCCGGGCGUGCGUGUCGUUCUGGGCGGUACUUGUGUUCAUAACAGUACUACUUUCCUAGAGGAAGUCGACGACGCUGUUGGUAGCUGGCCAGAGCCCGGCCCAUCGACAGCUGCGGGACGGCUACGUCGGGAGGUUGGGCGCUAG